UAUUUUCGGGAUUUCACGACCGCAUCUUUGGGAUUUCUUGACGCGUUUUCCGGAUUAAGGAUGUGAGCAGCGAACAAAAGCUAUAACAAAGAUAGAAAGACCUAUUUGCAAAAGACGAUUUUGAUAAAGUUAAGGACCAACAAAGGUGCGAUCUCGCGAUAAACACGUCCACAGCGCCAUUCCCGAACCACGCCGGCAGAACCGCCUGCCCACCCACAGCGAAGGCUGAAUCGUGUGCGCAAAAGUGCGAGCGAGAGGGCAGCAGGCGACAGAGGCGAGCGAAAAUUAUUUUCGCAAGUUGUGAUAGAAAAAAGUGAAAGAAACGGCGAACGCGAGUUCCUCCCAGUCGAGGUCACCAGACAUGUCUUCAACCCCAGCCGCUGGCAAUGCCGCCGAGGUGGCCACCUCCAGUGCCAGCACCACUCCGAGUGCCCCAAGUGCGGCCACCGGGAACGCCAGUCAGACCACAACCACGGCAGCAACGACGCCCGCCCGGGGCAGGGGUGCCAAUGGUGGUGCCUCGGGUAGCAACGCUUCUGGUGGCGAUGAGCCGCGCAAGGAGAGCAAACCUACGCCUAGAAUAUCCAAGGCGCUAGGAACCUCGGCUAAACGCAUUCAGAAGGAGCUGGCUGAGAUCACACUGGACCCGCCGCCCAACUGUAGUGCCGGGCCGAAGGGCGACAACCUUUACGAGUGGGUGUCCACCAUCCUGGGACCGCCCGGAUCUGUCUACGAGGGCGGCGUUUUCUUCCUGGACAUCCACUUCUCUCCGGAGUACCCCUUCAAGCCACCCAAAGUCACGUUCCGCACACGCAUCUACCACUGCAAUAUCAACAGCCAGGGCGUUAUCUGCCUGGACAUACUCAAGGACAACUGGUCGCCGGCGCUGACCAUAUCGAAGGUGUUGCUGUCAAUUUGUUCCCUGCUCACAGACUGCAAUCCAGCUGAUCCGCUGGUAGGCAGUAUCGCCACGCAAUACUUGCAAAAUAGAGAAGAACACGAUCGAAUUGCGCGUCUCUGGACAAAAAGGUACGCAACAUGAUGCGUAAGUUCUGACUUCGUAAAUGUACCACAAACCGAAAACUGCAACAACAGAAAUAAUAAUUCGCAUCUUGCAAAGGAGAAAGUCUAUUUUAUAAAUAUAUAUUAAAAUACGCUAACUAUUAAAUUAACAAUAAAAGUAAAGAUUACCAUAACAUGUACACGUAACACGAACACGAGCAGCCGCCAACAUCCAGAAAUUAGACGAACUCACUCUUUCCCAGCCUAUCUUUAUGUUGCGUUUAUACAAAAUAUGUAAAAACAUUUGAUACGAUUAUUGCGUUAUAUAUUUGGAAAAAAAAAAACAAAGAGUCAAAAUUCGAACCCAAAUUGCACAUUGACAUAUUGAAAUAUAAGCUAUUCAACAGCAUAAAUAAUAUAAAUACAAUUAGUUUACAUUAUAUGUGUACAGUGUUAAGUGAAAAAUGGAGCUAAACAAACGAGUAAAGAGAAGAGCCUAUUUAAAUGCAUAAUACUUAAUACAAAUAUAAUUAACAGAACCAAUGUCAGGGCAGUACAGUUCGUAAAUGAUUUUCAUUCGCAAAACUGGCCGCAUCAAAGGAAAUUCUCAAAACAAAAACAAAAGACUAAUGUGAAAAGGUAAACGAUAAACGAAAUAAUUCUAUGUAUACAAAAUUAAGACAACCUAUUCCAAAUUCCAAAAACAAAAUUAGACAUUUUUGUUAUUCGUAAUUAUAUAAAAAUUGUAUUUGGUUUGUAUUUGUUUAAUGUGAUAUCUGUAAGCUUAUUAAAUCUGUUCUUUGGCCAACUGCAUUUCGAAAAUCUGUGAGCAUUAUUAACAUUGUAUUCAUGACUUUUAAUAGAAAGCGCCCUACAAUAGAAAGCGUUGUUUUCAACAAAUUCAAUUAAGAGUAUAGAGAGCUGAUAUAUAAAACAAAGCAAAGAAAAAUAUAAACAAAAACGAAAAAGAUAAA